AUGAGUACUAGAGGUACUCGCGGAAGGGGACGCGAGGCCGUGGUUAAGGCUAAGGAAGUGCUAGGGCUGGGUCUUCGGGAAGCACCAGCUUCACUUGUGACUGAGACUGGAUCAUUCGAUCGAGCGACUGGGGAUGAUGCACUACCCCAAGCUAUGCUCCGUAUCCUGAAAAGGGUCGUAGAGACCAGUACUGGUGCUCUGGGCCGUGGGUCAAUUUCAGAACGACUCUGGUUGAAUGGGGCACAAAUUUUUAGGGGUGUUUCUGAACUAGACCUUAAUAUGGCUGAAUACUGGUUGGAAGCCACGGAGAGAAUAAUAGAUGACCUCGACCCAACUACUGAGCAAAAACUAAAAGGUGUAGUGUCUUUACUACGAGAUGAAGCCUAUCAGUGGUGGCUUACCAUGACAGAAGGUACUCAGGCCGACCGGUUAACAUGGGAUUUCUUUAAGGCAAUAUUCCAAGGAAAGUAUGUGGGCACAAGUUAUGUGGACGCCCGAAGAAAGGAAUUUUUAAGUUUGGUUCAGGGGAAUAAAACUGUGGCGGAAUAUGAGGCAGAGUUUUUGUGA